GGUCGCAGCAGCAUUCUUUCCAUUCUUCCCACCCGCCGCCUCUCUCGCCGCGCUCUCGUUAAGUUUUUCUCUCCGGAGUCUCGAACUCUCAACCACUUCCUCGUCCUCGUCCUCGUCCCCGUCCGCGUCUCAGCUGACUCGGCGCCUCGGCGACUGACCGCGCGCACCGUCGCCGCUGACGGCGGCUGGGUGGAGUGAGUGGUGGAGGGGCAGGCGCAGGCCCGCCGUGCCGGACCUGGUGUCCGGAGGGGGUGGAGCGGCGUGGGUCGCGGCAAGUGGCGACGCCGCGAGCGACGGGUUCGUAGGCUCCUCGCACGUGGUCUCGCCUCCUGUCCCCCGAAUCCUGCCUCCGCCACCGCACCUACUGCCCACCUACCGCCAAAUCGCCUGCUGCGAGCGAGCGAGCGAGCGAUCGAGGUCUGCGGCUGCCUGGACGACGUGGCCGUCCCGCUCCCUCGAAUCCGAAGCCGCCGGGAGCACCAGAGGCCGUCGCCGUCGCGGCCGAGUACGCCUCCUCCGACCGGAGCGAAGCAGGACGCCUCGGAAUCUUCGCCAAUCCGUACUCCGGUCCUUCCCAUCUACUGGAUUGUCGUGGAGUGGAGUGGAGUGGAGUGGAGAUCCAUCCUGACUGCUCUUCGCGUCGAUACAGACUAGUUUGAUCAGCGGUUGUGUUAAAUACGAAGUUGUUAUACAUGCAUAAGGUGACUCACGAGUCUUGGAAAUGAGUAAUUCCAUUGUCUGAGACAUGGACGAUACACCAACUAGUUCAGGGAAAUCCGAAGCGAAUUCAUGUGAACAGAGUUGGUGGCCACCAGACUUUUUGGAAAAGAUAGAGUCUGUUUCCUUAUCAAGAAAACAGAAUGUUUUUUCUGAUAAAGAAUCUCGGAGCAAUUUACGAUCCUCAUCUUGGAAGGCUUCUCAAUUACUGUGGUCAACAGGGACUUAUUCAGGGUUCAUCCCUAAUGGUUUCUACUCAAUAAUUCCGGAUAAAAAGCUGAAGGAAAAUUUCCCAACAAUACCAUCAUUGGAUGACCUUCAAACUCUUGAAGCAGAUGGGCUUAAGGCUGACAUAAUUAUUGUGGACGCUGAGAGAGAUAGGAAACUUUUCAUGUUGAAGCAACUUAGUGGUGCACUUGUGAAAGGAUUAAAUUCUAGUCCAGCUCUGGUGAUAAAGAAAAUAGCUGGCUUGGUUUUUGACUGCUUCAAGAGCCUAGAUCCUGAUGUAAGUCCAGCAAGAUCGCCAACUGAAGACAACCAUUUUUUUGGAAACAAAGGACCACAACUUCUAGGGCAGAUAAAGCAUGGAUCAUGCCGACCCAGAGCUAUCCUGUUUAAGGUUCUGGCGGAUGCUGUUGGUCUUGAGAGUAAACUUGUAGUGGGUCUACCUGAUGAUGGUGGAGUUGGAUUUGUGGAUUCCUACAAACACAUGUCUGUGGUAGUUUCACUGAACUCAAUGGAGCUGCUAGUUGAUCUUAUGCGAUUUCCAGGGCAAUUGAUUCCUUUCUCAGCCAAGGCUAUCUUUAUAUCACAUAUCUCUGCUGCUGGUGAGAGUGAUUCAGCUGAAAAUGACUCUUGUGAUUCCCCUCUUGAGCCCAAUAGUCCUCUAUAUGGAUUAUCUGAUAAAGUUGAAGCUGAAGGAAUUGAAGCUUCAUCAAAUCUAUCUGGGCGUUCAUUGCGCAAUGUUAUGUUGAGAUCAAGAACAUUUUCGGAGGGGAAAUUAAGCACAUCAUGCAGUGAGCCAAAUAUUGCAAAUGCUUUUUGGAGGCGAAGCCAGAGGAGAGGAGUUGCUGAAGAACCUCGUGGUGCUAGUUCAAGCCCUGAGCAUCCACUAAUGAAGACGAGGGCAAGAUCUAUACUAGGUGGUGAGCAGCAGUCAUUUCAGGAAUAUGCAGAAAGUGGAGUUACAUCAAGAUCAGAUGGUCUAGGUGGUGCAUCAACAUCUAAAACUCGAAGAAUUCGGGGAAGAAGCAUUAGCAUCACGCCUGAGAUUGGAGAUGACAUUGUGAGGGCAGUUCGGGCUAUGAAUGAAACACUAAAGCAAAAUCGCCUCCAAAGGGAUCAUGUUAAUGAAGGUUCAUCCUCAUAUGUUAGGGAGGACCAAAGCAAUGCAAAUGAUUGCCCAAAUAAUGAUGAUACAUCUGGGGGAAUUGUUGCUACCAACAAUGGCUCAAGGAACCGAAAUGGUUCCACUCAGAAAGCUAUGUCACUGCCUUCUUCUCCCCAUGAAUAUAGGGCACAAAUUUCUGAAACAAGCAGUGCUUGUGAUUAUGUAAGUAAAGAAAAGAUGGUAUCGGCGUGGAAAAAGGUUUUGCAGAGUUCCUCAUUUCUUAACAAACCUUUAUUGCCCUUUGAAGAGUGGAACAUAGAUUUCUCUGAGCUAACAAUUGGCACAAGGGUUGGAAUAGGAUUCUUUGGGGAGGUUUUCCGUGGUAUAUGGAAUGGCACUGAUGUUGCUAUCAAAGUAUUUCUAGAGCAGGAUCUUACAACUGAAAACAUGGAGGAUUUUUGUAAUGAGAUAUAUAUCCUGAGCCGUCUGCGCCAUCCAAAUGUUAUAUUGUUUCUUGGGGCAUGCAUGGUACCACCACACUUGUCAAUGGUAACGGAAUAUAUGGAAAUGGGAUCGCUGUACUAUCUCAUCCAUAUGAGUGGUCAGAAAAAGAAGCUCAGUUGGCGCAGGAGGUUGAAAAUUGUUCGUGAUAUUUGCAGGGGCUUGAUGUGCAUACAUCGCAUGAAGAUAGUUCACAGGGACCUGAAAAGUGCAAACUGCCUGGUGAACAAGCAUUGGACCGUCAAGAUAUGUGAUUUCGGCCUUUCCCGAGUGAUGACUGAUAGUCCUAUGACUGACAACUCCUCUGCUGGCACCCCAGAAUGGAUGGCCCCUGAGCUUAUAAGGAACGAACCCUUCACAGAGAAAUGUGAUAUUUUCAGCCUUGGUGUGAUCAUGUGGGAGCUAUGCACAUUGAGUCGUCCCUGGGAUGGGAUCUCCCCAGUUCAAGUGGUAUAUACUGUUGCAAACGAAGGUUCACGGCUCGAGAUUCCUGAAGGACCUCUUGGCAAGUUAAUUGCAGAUUGUUGGGCAGAGCCCCAAGAUCGUCCGAGCUGUCAGGAGAUACUUACCCGCUUGCUGGAUUGCGAAUAUACUGUCAGCUGAAGUUAAGCUGCCGAACCAGCUCACUCCCUACCUGCUGAGGUCCAUAAGUUUCUUCUGCAAAACCUGUAAAAAUUAGCCUGAUGAUUUUGCAAACCGGCGAGGGUACACAUGUUGACUUCUUAUAUUGCGGCUGUAUAACCGCGAACCUUUCUUUAAAAAUGUACAAAGAACGAAUGCUUCUCCGCUUAUAGAAGAACAUGGUAGUCAAGAAAAUAAUGCCUCGAAUCGCAGGACUAGCUUGCAGUCAUACUUUAUCUCGUCUGAGGCAUUGAGUGUCCUGGAAUCUAUCAUUUGUUUCUCUGAAAGUUUUGGCGGGAGUAUUUGGUAAAAGUUGACAUAUGAGUCUUCCCUGAGAUGCAACUAAAUUGAGCAGAUCACCUGUGUUUUCUGACUUUCA